ACACAGCCGUCAACACAGUCACGUUUGUGUGUUUUCAUGUCUGUUCUCUGAUACUGUUGUUAUUUAUGGGGGUGGUUUAUUGUUUUAACCGUGUUUGAGAAACCAGUGUGGAUCUCCUUCAGGAGCGUGAAGUUCCAAGGUGACGGUGUGACAUUUCAGCAGCAUGGCCGACGGUCCAGAGGCUGAUGUUGACGAACCGCCCAGUAUCAAUUUCCCUCCGCUCAUCACCGUCUCUGAUCUGCCCAGUGCUACUGCAGCAGGCCGUAACUUGAAAGAAUGGCUCCAGGAGCAGUUCUGCGACAAACCCCUGGAUCAGGAUGACAUGCGUCUGCACAAUGCGGCCUACGUCGGAGAUCUGGACACCCUGAGGAACCUGCUGCAGGAAGACAGCUUCAGACGGCGUAUCAAUGAGAAGUCGGUUUGGUGCUGUGGCUGUCUGCCCUGCACCCCUCUGCGGAUCGCAGCCACGGCAGGACACGCCGCCUGCGUGGCCUAUCUGAUCGCCCAGGGCGCCGUGGUGGACCUGGUGGAUGUCAAAGGUCAGACAGCCCUCUAUGUAGCUGUAGUCAAUGGUCACCUGGACUGUGUGCGGAUCCUCCUUGAAGCCGGGGCAGAUCCCAACGGAAGUCGCCACCACCGCAGCACUCCGCUUUACCACGCUGCACGGGUGGGAAGGGUGGACGUACUGCAGGAGCUCAUCAGGUUCAAUGCUGACGUAGACAUGGACCACCAGCUCGGUCCCCGGCUCCUCCUAAGUGCUCGCACCCUCAACACUCUGGUGGUGUGUCCUCUCUACAUCAGUGCGGCCUACCACCACCUCCACUGUUUCCGCCAGCUGCUCCAGGCCGGCGCUCAGCCUGACUUCAACUACAAGGGACCCGUCUGCCAAGAGGCUCUGACCCGCGGCCUGGCCUCCUGCCUGCUGGAUGCCGUGCUGCGACACGGAUGCGAGGUGGCCUUCGUCCAGGUGCUGUUGGACCACGGGGCCGACCCGGCCCUCGUGCCCUGGGACGGAUCGGAGCUGGAGGCUCCCAAUCGGAGGAAGGUGGAUCCAGAGGCGCUCGCGGUCUUCCUGGAGGCGAGGAGAUGCCCUCGCAGGCUGACGAACCUGUGUCGCAUCAGGAUCCGCAGAGCGAUGGGCAAACAUCGCCUAAAAUACAUACCCUCGUUACCGCUGCCGCAACCCAUCAAGAACUUCCUGCUUCACCAAAACUGACAACCACUUCCACCUUCUCUUCUUCUUCAGAGCUCUUCUGACCCAAACCUUGGAGAAAAGAAAAAACUCGGACUAUCCCAACAUAACACAAAUAGGAGAUUCCGUGAUCCCAGUAUGCUAAUUGCUAAGCUAGAAAGUUAAUAAUGUAAUUUUAAAACAUUUUGAAAUAAUGGUCCUAUCUUCCUAGUUUUGUGAUAAUUUAUUGAAAGCCUUAAUAAGUGCUGGCUUGUGGAAACUAUCGGUGUAUCCUAAGUGUUAGACUUGUGACUUCCCAAAUCAGCGGAUAUGUUCUGGUCCUGCUUCAAGUAGCACUUUUCAGCUUAAGAACCAUAGUGAGAAUGUCCUUUGGUGUGAUGCUAUGACUUAGCAUGCCAUGUAUUAAAUAUCCCAUUCAGUAACAGAGGAACAUUACCCUUAUCCAGCUCAUUGAAUUGCUCAUUAAUCUGUUAAAUGUAAACUUGGAAUUGAGGUCUUUCACCAACACUCAGCCAGAGUAAAUGGAAAAAUGUGUGGCAAACUUUUAUCUUAUUCUUAAAGGUUUUCCAUUGGAUAUCCAGAGCAUUGAUAUAGCAGCAAACAACUAUUAACUAUGUGAAGAUAUAGUGGAGUAUUGUCUACCUAA